ACCGGUGACCAGACGACGCAUUUGGCGGCUGGAUCUGUUGUCUGGACCGGCACGGCAGCAAACCCUAUUGAAAUAAAUAAUUGCUUUACAUACAUACUAUCUAUGCAAAUUGGCAUUUGCUGCAUGCCAUAAUGAUGAGAAACUUGCCAAUGACAUUGUUGUCCAACUCGAGCUAAGCAUUACUCCAGUGAAAACACACACCGCACCAUUUCAAUUUCAGUGGCAUUAAGUGUACACGAGCCGAUAGGGAAAAGUUACACAUUUUCCCGAUGGCCAAUUAAAAUAUAUGUAUACAUAUGUACAUACAUUCGCAUGUAUACAUAGCACAGUUAUUUCCGCUCAGCUGUCCUGCACAUUUUCUGAGGGGCGCACUCUAAAACGGAUCGAGUAAACAAGUUUAGUACGGCAACCGAGACACAAACAAGUGCAACAUCAGAUCGACUGGGCUGGUUGAUUUAUAUAAUGUUCAGCUGAGUGAUAUAUUUCCUAAAUACUGCAUUUGCACUGUUUCAUAAAUCAAUUAAUUAAUUUUAUUUUGCGCAGAAGAAAAUAAACCAAGUUGGCAGUACUGAUUGUUAUCGAACGAGAUUGUGUGAUAGUAUUUAAGUAUAUCGAAGUCCAUUGAAGUUCAGAAAAUCGUGAAAAUAUUAUUUGUUUUGAUAAAAUGCGAAGUCCCAGAAAAAGGGCGUCCAGAACCAAUCCGUUGGUUGCAAAGGAAUAUGUUGUGGAGGAGAUCAAGGGAAAACGGUUCUAUCAAGGAGAAACGGAGUAUUUCGUCAAAUGGGAGGGCUUCGAAGCAGAAAGCUGCACCUGGGAGCCAAUGGAAAAUCUUGGCAAAUGUAUCCACCUGCUGGCCAAGUUCGAGAACGACAUCAAUUUUAGGAAAUUAGAAAGAAGGCUCGCUAAGACCAAAAAUAGGAAAGCGCAUGCUGCUCAGAGUACUGAACUGCACAAUAACAGUGGCGGCACACUGACAGAGCCAGAACCAGCGCCAGAACAUGUGCGAAACAAUAACUGGAACAACAAAUGUGUCCAACUGAGUGAAUCGAGUGACGAUGAAUCAUCGCCAGAAUAUGAACCAAUAACACCACCGUUAGGGAGCCAACCAGGAAGUCGAAGGCCAUUAUCAGAAUCAUUUGCGUCCUCGGUCUUGUCGCCCUUGUCAUCGACGUCUUGCAGCUCCAAGUCCUCAGCCACCUUUUCAAAAUCAGGCUGUUCGUCUUCUCCACCCCAACCCGAACCUCAACCAGCUUUAACUACGAAGCAAACCCCAUCCCAAACUCAACCAGUGCUCCCUACUCCUAAUCAAAAAGAAGAGUUCGUCGACAAUUUGGAGACUACAAAGAAACUGCCAAGGAACACCGAUAAAAGUCGCGCCAAUAACUCGCUUGAGAAUGCUGAGGAUUGUAACACCCCGGAGUCGGAUAAGGAAGAGCCUUCGGGCUUAGAGCUUGGGCAAAAGCUGGAGAGAAUUAUGCACAGCUAUCGAUUUAGAGGAAAUACGUAUCUGAUCGUAAAGUGGAUGGACAUCGAGGAGCCUGUAUUGGUCGAUAUCCAGGAAAUGAAACAGUUGUAUAAAAAAGAAAUAAUUCAAUAUUUCCAGAAGCUUCAACGGAGCUUUGAUGACAUGGUAAAGUGAAGCUUAAGCCAACCAGAUGGGAACAACGAAGGAGGAGUGCGAACAAGUUCAGGGUCACAUUUUUCAUUUUUCUUCUUUCAUAUUUUUCUUAUCUUAUCAGAGUUUCAUUGCGUGUCUGUGAAGACACUUUCACACGAUA